AAAUGCAAACGGCGAGCUCGCGGGUGUGCAGUUACCCUCUCUCUCGUCUCUCUCCUCUCUCUUCCUUCUUUCUCUCUAGAUCACUUCAGAAGUCUCUGAAAAUGCAUAGAAAAUGAGAGAAGACCCAUGUGAAGAAGAAGAUUCAGAGAAGCCAAACAACCCCAGCUCCGAAGAAAACAUCAGAAUUCUCCCCAGACGCGGAUCGGUUCGCCGGAGAUGGGGAAGAAAGGCGGCGGCUGGUUCUCGUCCGUGAGGAGAGCGUUUAAGUCCUCUUCCAAGGACUCGCCGGAGAAGAAGAAGGGCAAUAAUGUCGCCGGAGACAAAUGGCAGCGUGACACGGCACCGGACGUUGUAUCGUUCGAGCAUUUUCCGGCGGAGAGCUCCCCUGACGUCACGAAUGACGAAAGCGCCGCGUCGUCCCCCGCCGCCGAUGAUAGAAACCAUGCCAUCGCCGUCGCCGCGGCAACUGCUGCGGCGGCGGAAGCGGCGGUCGCUGCUGCUCAGGCGGCCGCAAAAGUUGUGAGGCUGGCCGGGUACGGGCGCCAAUCCAAGGAAGAAAAGGCUGCCACCACCAUUCAAUCCUACUACAGAGGAUACCUUGCUCGUCGUGCCCUACGGGCUUUGAAGGGAUUGGUGAGGCUGCAGGCUCUUGUGAGAGGACAUAACGUGCGAAAGCAGGCCCAAAUGACAAUGCGAUGCAUGCAGGCCUUGGUUCGAGUCCAGGCCCGGGUGCGGGCCCGGAGACUCCAAUUGGUCCACGAUAAGCUUCAGAUGAGUAUGAGGGAAGAAGCGAGAAGGCCCAGGAGCCCCUUGAAGAAGUUUGGGCCCACUAUUGAAAGUAAUUGGGAUAGCAGGCUCGGCCCAGGAAAAAUAAAGGAUGGUGACAUGCCAAGACUAGAUGCUUUGAUGAAGAAAGAGAGGUCCCUUGCCUACGCUUUCACUAGCCAGCAACCCCAACAACAACAACAACAACAACAUCUGUUGCAAUCGAAUCCUAGUGACAUUGAUGCUCGAUACUAUGUGGACGAACAAGAAAAGCCACAAUGGGGAUGGAAUUGGCUCGAGCGAUGGAUGACAUCGCAACCAUACCAAACACACCAAUUUAGGCCACACGAAGACUCCUAUGCGACGGUCACUACCACCGCCGAUGACAUGUCUGAGAAGACAGUUGAAAUGGACAUGGCAACUCCUCCGGGCUCAGACCAUAUGAACAUGGGGCGGCCCAACAAGGAUGCACUUGACCCUAUUAAUCAAUACCCAACACGACAACAACGACAAGGUAGCUUGGAAAAUGUCCCAAGUUAUAUGGCCCCAACCAAGUCAGCAAAGGCUAAGGUUCGAGCCCAAGGUUCCAUUAAGCAACGGUCUGGAUCUACCCCGCAAUGGAACCCAUCAACAAGGAGAGGAUCUGUUGUUGGGUCAGGCGGUGAUUCCUCUAGCUCAGGAGGAACACCAGCCUUUCAAGCCCCGAGAAGCCCAAGCCCAAAAGGAAAUGGGCUUGCGCUUCACGGGCAGUCCAAACGCGGCAUCAGCUUCAGCCCAGAUCCAAGUGGAGUUGAUGGGGGGUGGAUGCUACCUUUAAGUGGUCAAAGUUGGAGACGUGAAUUUGUUUGAUCUUAUGAAAUAACCUAUCAUGAUUGAAAAAAAUAUUAUAUGUUCAUACACUACUAUUUAUUUUUCUUGUAAUGAUUUUAUUUUGUGUGUCUA